CGCCCCGCCCCUUCCUCCUCCCGCCGGAAGCGGCGGUAGGGCUUGGGGCGCCAACAUGGCGGCGGCCACUGGUAGUGGUAUCCCCACAGGCCGCAGCGAGGUGUAGAGCGAGUUUGGCCGCCAUGCCUAAGUACUAUGAGGAUAAGGAGGAGGACGGGCGGGCCUGCGGGGGGGUGAGGGAGGACUUGCGGCAGUGCCUGCUGGAGAGCUCCUGCGUCCUGCAGGAAAAGAAAAGCCCUAAACAGUGCUUGAGGGAGGGACACUGUAAGAGUUUGCAAGUGACGUUUUUUGCAUGCAAAAGAUCGAUGUUGGAUACCAGGGCAAGAUUCAGAGGAAGGAAGGGAUACUGAAGUCCUUGUGAAAAGACCCAGCUAUGGGAGGAGAUCAGGGUUCAUCAGCACUUCAAGCAAAAUGGGGACUAAAGUAGGAUGAUUGUAUCUGCUGCAUCCUUUCAUGCAGCAUUUUCAUGGAAGGUGUCUACUCCUGAGUAUUCUGAAAGAUUGACCUGGAUGUGCAUUUAAAUGUUAAAAAGAAAGCAAGCAUAAAACUGCAAGUUAUGGCCAAAAUGCCUACUUGUCAUGCACUUGCAAUAAAAUAUGUAAAAUCCAGAAUAAGCUGCAGAGGUUCUCAUCAUGUUUUGAAGUGAAGUGGUCUGUUGUGGUUUUACUAAUUCUGAUCAUGUUUUACUAUUACAAAUGAUACAAGAUAUGGAAUUAGGUGUUCAUUCAACUGGUAUCCCAGAGGAUACCUCAUGAUAGAGCUGUUUUCAGAGACAAUGAGUUGACCGAGGUUGUGAAAUAACACGUGCAAGCUGCUUCUUCCCCAAUAGGUUUGUUACUAAAUAAACCUGCACUAAUAGGUAGGAGUGGUGAUGUUUUUGCAGUGCAAUGUAUGCAAGGAUGGCAUCUCUUUCCUCUUGCUACAAAUUCCUUUUAAUGUGAUGAUUGAGGUACAUGUUUAUUAGCACAGUCUCAUUGGACAACUUGUUAAAAUUUGAUUACUCUAAAUUAAAGGAUGUCUGCUUUAUCUUUCAGUAAUCUGUUUUCUCAUUCUAUUGACACAAGUGCAAGAGAAUUAUAGGAUUAUUCUAGUCAAUGACUUGAAAGCUGUAUGCCCUGAUGUAGUUAAUUAUAUAUCUUUGGGUGGGUGGGGAAGGUGUUCCUCAGGCCAACAGUUAGGGAGACCAUGGCUGCUAUUGCUGUGUUACCAAAGUAUUUACAAUGAUAUUUAAGUUCCUCUGAGAUUAUUCUAAAUGACGUUUCUGCAUUAUUUUCUAAGCAAGUGUGUAAUACUAAUCCAAAUAUAUGUACAAACUAGAGAUGAUCAUCUGGACUUUAUUGUCUUUAUAGAAGUCGUGUUCCACAAAUUUAGUUUGUGAGCAUUUUUAUUCUUUUUACUUUGUCACUUCUUUUGGAAUUCUUUGGUUCACAUUUAUGGGUGUAAAAUGCUGAAAUUGCCAUUCAUAUUCAUUUAAAUUUUAACUAGUUUCUGCUGUGUACUUAAAACUUGCUCUUCCUUUGGAAUUUUCUUUGUGCUUAAUCAAGUUUUGUAUAGUUUCAUAAGUUACACAAUGGCUGUAGUGAAAAAAGCAAAGAAAUUAAUACUUUUAAAUACUGUUUAAAUAUACAGUAGAAAAAUACUGUUUUGCUUUCCUUUGAUCAAGGAUGACUGUGGCAGAUCUGUCUGCAGUAUGAGAGUUUUCUUCAAGACAUAGAUAACAUCUAUCAGUUAGUCUCUCUUGCCCCACCUUGGUAAGGAAAUGGGAUUUAUGGGGGUAACAAGCAUUAAAUAGUGCUUAAACUGUGACUGUGGUCAAUACUUACUGGUUCUGUUUAAGAGCUUGUUUCUGAAGAAUAUUUCUUCUUCCUUCCUUCAGUGUCUCUACCUCCUUCCUGCCUUUUGAAGCCUUUAAGAAAUAAAUAGUAGUGUAACUCUUACAUAUGGAAACUCAAAUAACUUCAGACAAGCUGAUUAGAAACAAAAUUAGGAAAUAGAGGGGAGAGAGUCAUAGUAACUUCUUUUCUUGGCUAAAGCUUAUAGCCAUGUGGCUGAUCUACAUUUAGUCUGAACAGAUGCAUGCCACACUGCUUGUAAAAUUGAUGAUUUCAAUGAAUGAGUUCAUGUUGAUUAUUUAAUUCUGUCUUAAGCAACUGCUCUGAUCAGUCAAAAUAUGUUUAUAUUCCUUUAUGUGUAGGAUUUUAUUUUUGCAAUCAUAAAUAACACUGAUUUAACAUUUUCAUGUUCUGUUGAUCAUGUGAAGGCUAGUUCAUUUGUUGAAGUGCCAUAAACAUCCUUUGUUUUCCACAACCUAGUUACCGUGUUACCUCUUUAUGUAUACUGAAAAUGAUAAAUUGAUGUCAUGUCUGUAAGAGUUUUUUUAACUUAGCACUCUAAUUUCAAAGUAUUACUCUCAAGCCUUUUCCAUGGGGGGAAAAAAAUUUAAAAAGGGAAUAGAGAUAAAUUUAAAGCUUCUUGGCAGGUAAUUAAAUGUCUGUUGGAAGAAUGGGAAUGGUAUGCGGUUUUGGUAGUCAAGGACUCUUCCAUGGUCUGCUCUGCCACAGGGGACUAUAGGCUUGAUGCUUCAAGUGAUCUGUUUCUUUCUCAGCCAUAGUCACUGAGCCGCACCUAAUGGUGCUGCCCAACUCCUUUCAGAAAGGAGCAGGCAGAUAUAUCAUAGGCGGAUAACUAGUGUCCUGGUUUCAGCUGAGAUAGAGUUAAUUUUUUUUCUAGCAGCUGGUAUAGUGCUGUGUUUAGAUUUAGAAUGAGAAUAGUGUUGAUAACACACUGAUGUUUUAGUUGCUGCCAAGCAGUUGAGGACUUUUCAGCUUCUCAUACUGCCCUGCCAAGGAGAAGGUGGGGAUUGCACAAGAAGCUGGGAGGGGACACAGCCCGGACAGCUGACCCAAAGUGACCACAGGGAUAUUCCAUCCCAUGUGGCAUCAUGCUCAGUAUAUAACCAGGGGGUGGGCCAGGAGGCAGUUCGGCUUGAGAACUAGCUGAGUAUCAGCUUGGGGUGGUGACCAAUUGUGCUGUGCAUCACUUGUUUUGUAUAUUCUUUUAUCAUUAUUUUUAUUAUUAUUAUUGUCUUCCUUUUCUGUCCUAUUAAAUUGUCUUUAUCUCAA